AAGAAGGAAUUGAGUAAAGGAAAAGAAUAAAUUAAUUUUUUAUGUGUUACGACACGCCUAACAAAUUUUGGCGCCGUUGCCGGGGAAAGAUAAUUUUUUAAAUGAGAAUUGGUUUGCUUAUUGUUAAAAAAACACUUAAAAAAAGUCUUUCUUAUUAUGUUGGUUAUUAUAGCUUAAAAAGUCAGUUUUUUUAAAAGUCUAACUAACUGAUUUUUGCAUGCGCUUGAGGAGUGGAAGAGUAAUUGGUGAUAUAGAGGUAAACGGUAGCAACUUUGAGGCAAGUGUGUCUGAACCCAAAUCUUUUAAUAGCGAGUUUGUUGCUGAAUCUGAGGAUAGACCUGCCAAUUUGCUUGCUGUUGAUUUGUUUGAUUCUUGUUCUGAUAGCAUCUUUGAUAAUCUUUUCGAAAUAAAUUCUGAACCAAAGAUGACAACUUUAAGAGAAUUGGCAGCCCCUAACCUAAAUGUUCAACCGCUUUCCAUCACAUAUGCUGAGCUAGAGAAACCUUUAAAACUGAAUUCUGGCUUCAUAAAUUUACUUCCAAAAUUCCAUGGUCUUCCUGGAGAGGAUCCCUUUAGGCACAUCUCUGAAUUUUUGAUUACUUGCGGUGCUAUGGUGCCUGAAGGGGUUGCUCAAGACCAAAUUAGGUUGAGGGCUUUCCCGUUUUCUUUAGUUGAUAAGGCAAAGGACUGGUUGUACUACAUGCCAGCCGGUUCUUUCACUACUUGGAAUGCUCUACACAAAGCAUUUUUAGAAAAAUAUUUUCCAGCUUCUAGGAUAGGUUCAAUUAGGAAAGAAAUAUGUGGGAUUAAACAAAUGAUUGGGGAGAAUUUUUCUGAAUAUUGGGAAAGAUUUAACAAACUUUGUGCCUCCUGUCCUCAACACCAGAUUUCUGAACAACUUUUAAUCCAAUAUUUUUAUGAAGGGUUACUUCCUACUGAGAGGGGCAACGUGGAUGCUGCCAGUGGGGGUGCCUUGGUUAAUAAAACACCUGAACAAGCUAGGAAAUUAUUUAAUUUGAUUGCUCAGAACACCCAACAGUUUGGUACUAGGGAAACAUUAGUGAAGAAAGUGAAUGAAAUUGGUAAUUCUUCUAUUGAAAACAAACUUACUGAACUUACCAAUGCCAUUUCACAACUUACAACUGUCGGAGGGGUUAAGGGAAAACCUUGUGGGGUUUGUUGCUUGGAAGGACACCCUACUGAUGCUUGUCCGACUUUGCAACACCCCGAGGUAAAUGCUAAUCAAAGAAAAUACGAUCCUUUUUCUAAUUCUUACAAUGAGGGAUGGAGAGACCACCCUAACCUUAGGUAUGGUAAUGGGCAGAACUACCAGGCUCCUAGGGGUAAUUUUCAGAAUUUUAACAAUCCAUCACAACAGCCCUCUUUUGAUAAAAACACUCAACUUUUAGAACAGAUUCUUAAGAAAAUGGAUGACAAAUUCUCCGGUUUUGACCAAACUCUUAAGCAAAUGCAAGAAAAACAAUCUGCCACUGAAGUUACAGUGAGUAAUUUGCAAGCCCAACUUAACAAUAGGUUUCCUUCUCAACCAUUUUUGAACCCUAAAGAGAAUUUGAGUGCAAUUGAGCUUCGAAAUAAGAAAAAACUGCAGGAACCUAGUUUUGUCAGUAGGGAAGAAAGGGAGAAAGAACUUCAUCCAAAUCAAGUUUCUUUUGAAAAUAAUAAUGCUGAUUUUGUUGAAAAUGAAAUCACUCAGGUUGAAAAACAGAAAGGAAUUGAUUUUCAAAAUAGAAUCAAUGAGUUUAAAAAUCAAAAAGCCCCUUUUCCCAGUAAGUUUCUAAGUCAACAACCUAAGGCGAAGGAGUUAGAUCAAGAGAUGUUAGAAACUUUUAAAAAAGUGGAAAUAAACCUCCCUCUUUUAGAAGCAAUCAGACAAGUUCCCAAAUAUGCUAAAUUUCUUAAAGAACUUUGUACUCAUAAAAAUAAGCUUUCUGGGACUGAAAAGGUGUUGAUGAGUGAGAAUAUUAGUGCUGUUUUUCAGAAUAAAUUACCCCAAAAGUGUAAGGAUCCUGGAGUUUUUACUGUUCCGUGUCAGAUAGGGAGUCUAAAAUUUGACAAGGCAAUGUUAGACUUAGGUUCUUCAAUAAAUGUGAUGCCCAAGGACAUUUUUGAACAACUCCACAUUGGAGACCUAAAAAGAACAGGGGUAGUGAUCCAACUAGCAGAUAGGAGCCACACCUACCCUGAGGGGAUCUUAGAGGAUGUUUUGCAAUGAAACACCCUCAUGACGAAAAUCAAGUCUUUGCUAUGGAUGUAAUUGAUAAAAUCACUGAAGAAGUUUUCAGUAAAUCAAAUGACGAUGCUCUGUACACUGUUUUAACUGAAAGUUUAGACCCUUUUGAGAUUGAAAAAUUAAAUUUUUCACUUCCCGAUGAUGUUUGCUUUUAUGCUGAAAAUUUGUCUUCUGUGGAAGAGGUUAAAACUGUUUUAAAACUGAAUUUGGAAAUCCCUAAGACAAAACCACUUCCUUCUUUGAUUUAUCCACCUGAAAUUGAACUUAAAGAGUUGCCUCUUCAUCUUAAAUAUGCUUUUUUGGGUGAAAAUGGAACACUUCCUGUGAUCAUAUCAAAUCUUUUAACUGAACCACAAGAAUUAAUGUUAUUGAGAGUUUUAAAGGAACACAGUGAGGCCAUAGGCUGGACUUUAGCAGACAUUAAGGGUCUUGACCCAACUUUGUGUAGUCAUAGGAUAAGUCUAGAACCUGAUGCGAAACCAAGAGUUGAAAAUCAAAGAAGACU